UGCUGGUCACUUCGACUAAUAAGAAUGCGUUCUACGCAGUGACGAGACUUUUGCCCUCUGUGAUAGUAUGCUUCGUAAACACGCGUCUCUUCGCGUUCAUUCGUUCACGUCGUCCUUCGCGCGUCAAGUUCAACGCAGUUGGCUCGCAGCAGGAAUACGUCCAGCACGCUUUCGUCUUCCGCACGUGUCGCUUCGCGGAAAAUAACAGAGAAAUUCUGUGUGAUUUACUCGUCGUUAUUUUUUUGCUCGCCGAUCUAUGAAAAUACACGAUAAAACCACAGUAACGAGCAUGCAUCCAACCUGUGCUACAUUGUAUGCUGUCCGCUUGACCUUGAAUCAGGUAGCUGCUCCGACUUUCUACCGCAAGAGCAUGGUGGAUCGCAGCACCACUAGAUCCGCGAUUUUCCUCGCGACUGUCGGCUUGUCCCUAAGCAUGUUCUCGUUGAAGCAGAUGCAAUCCUCGUCGAAUCGUCGUCAUCAACAUCAUCUGCAGAGAGCUUAGAAGUGACGAUCGCCAUCGUCACCGAAAUACACGAACGACGAACAAAAUCAUUAGCUCGAUCAAAAUUGAGUAAAUCUGUUGACCAUUCGCACGGCAUGUCUUGCACAAUCACACACACCUCACAUCUCAGAGGAUACUGUUCUCGAACAUCAGCAACAUCUAAAUAUCGACAAGAUGUCGAAGAGGAGUAAUUUAACGUAAGAGACAGUAAGCAAUAUGAGAUUUCGAGUUUGCGGUUCGUGUUGUCCAAGAGAACAAGCUGCAAUCCCGCGUGUAGAAACUUCACGUAGGAGAAUCACCCGAGUGUGCUCUUUUCUCAUGCGAACAGCAGAUUCUCGAAUGUGCCAGACCAUGUCCUCGAUUUGUAGGCGCGCGCACAACACUUCACAUUUUAGUCACAUUGAACUUAGCACUUGGUACAGACAAGCAUUAAUACGACGGAAGUUUGCAAAAUAUUGCUGGUUCGCAGUAAGAGCGUCCAGCAACUAGAGAUGUAUACUGUACGCACGUUUCUCCAGCUGAAGCGUCAGCAGACUCGAUUUCUCAUAGUAUUCUAGUCUUGCGUGCGUAGAUCGAGAAGUUCUACAUCGUAGUUUCUACAGAAGGUUGCAGCUUUGUAAUCAGUGUCACUUCGCGAUUCGAGAGGAGCUUUUGUCGAUGAACAAUAUAUAGUGGAUUGUGUUAUCUCUCAGUAUGAAAUAAAGUUUCGUUUGUUUGGAAGAAAAUGGAAGAAAGAUGAUUGUAAUUGGAAUAUUUAAGUUUUUUAGAUACUUGUUUUCUAACAGUUUGAAUCAUAUUGCAUUGACUAAUUAUUUUGUGAACCGAGCAAGAUCGGUUCAUAAAGCAAAAAGAUUUCAUCGGUGAAUCACCUCUAGAUUCUAUUAGAUCUAAAUAAAAAUUCUGGUGGCGAAAGCUCUUCUCGAAGAAGCAAUGAACUGCGAACAAGCGCGAACCAAAGAGACUCGUCGAAUGGAAGUAUCUGCGAUAUACGUUAGCAGAAUAUAUAACAUUAAGUAGAAUUGAAUUGUAAUGUAGAGUAUGAAAAUUCAUCACUCGAACAUUGUUAAUAACGUUUGCCUCUCCUUUACCAUUGUAAUGCGCUAAUCUGAUAUCAUUAAUGUUUUACGCAAGAAUGCUAUGUCGAUUAAAUUGUACUAGCGUAGUCGCUCAUAAAAAGAAUUAUCUCACACACAAGUAAAUACCCACACGACUAUCUAUAUCUUACACAAGACUUGAUUGAGAAAUCUUCGGUUUCUCCUUAGAACGUUACAAUCCCGCUCUCCUGCUUAUCCCGCAUCUUUAACGCGUAAGAAAAUUAUUGUUCUAGUUCCAAAUUUCUCAGGAGAAUCCGUAUAAUACUCUUAAUCUUAAACGAUAGAACCCGUCGCGUCGUAAUUGCUGCGCGAUGCAUGAACUUUGUUAUUAUUGUAUGAGUUCACCUUUCGUAUGAUUGUAUCAUGAUGGAUCGUCAUCGGAGCAUUCUUGAGAUCGAUUGUUGUUUCGAAUAAAAUGAUAAUUCUCUCA